AAAAAUACAUAUCGCUGGCACAAGUGAGAUAACAAACGACGUGCAGUUCACUUACAUAGUAUACACGGCAUAAAGAUAGGGUUGUGCUGUCCACACGAACAUUGACAACAAACGACUGAGUGCGAUAUCAGAUAAUAUGGCUAAAGUAUUGCUGUCGUUUGUUCUGGGCGCUUCGAGUGCCGGCGGUGUUGGGUUCUUCUUCCUGCGCGAAGAUAUGAAAGCUAGCAAUCGGUUUGUCUCAAAGCGCGUCCAGGAGAUGAAGCACAUGGUUGGAGAGCUCGAGGAUACCAUGGGCGGCUUAAGGAGGCUGCAAGACGAAGUGGCUGAGAUGAAGAGGAAUACGGCAACACUCGAGGACUUCACCACCUUCAAAAUAGAGCAGGAGAAGCAGAUCACACAACUGACCGCGUCCCUUGCCGAACACAAAAGCAAAGUGUGGGAGACCCAACAAGCAAUGUUCAAAGCCUUAGAGACCCCCAAAGAAGCGGAAAAAUAAGUAGUAGCGCUAAAAAUAAAAUUUAAAUAGAUACCGUG